CGAGGCUGGUAAUCUUCUAGAGCUUCCACGCGCCUGCAAGCGAUUCCUGGUCGCGCUUGCCCGGUCCCAUCUGAUCCGGAUGAGAUGCAGACAAGCUGAACCGUCUCAGUUCCGAUCGAUCCACUAUGCGUUAGCAAUUGAGCCUUCGUUUCCGCCGUUUUUGCUCCUCUCCUGCUCCGAAACGAGGGAAUGGCGGGGAUCAUAACCCGAGUCAUUGGGGUCCAGGUCGUUGAGGAGAGAGCUUCCUGUUCCUGUGCCUGUCCCCGGUGAAUAUGUCAAGCGGCGGCUUCUUUUCGGGCAAUGGCGCCGAAUUCCAUCCCCACUUCCUUGGGAUCCUCAUUGGAUGCGGCGUGCUUUCGGUAUUCUCCCUGCUGUACUUCAACCGAGUAUUCGCGUCCGUUGUUUCCUGGGGGAUACGAACAUACACGUGGCACCAGUACGGAGUCUACGUCGACAUCCAGGCCCUCCAGAUUUCCUUGCUCGCCGGUCGUAUCUUCUUCACAGGCCUUCGAUAUCACGGCAACAAUGAGACAAUAUUGGUCCAGAACGGGCACAUUACCUGGGCGUACUGGCUGCGAAGGGUCCGAGACGUGGAUGUCGGAAAGAGGAAACGGACCGACAAAGACUCGGCUUCUGCCGAAACGGACGUCUCUGCAAAGCUGCCAUGUCGGGUCAAGGUCUCCUUGAAGGGCCUGGAAUGGUUCAUUUACAACCGGAGUCCUGCCUACGACUCUAUCCUGUCCGGACUUACAGAUACCGCAGAGGGCCGUCAGGAGGCGGAUCCAACCCAAGGGGAUUCUGGAACAACAGCGCCAGAACCUUUGGCGCAGCUGCGACAGAGACGGCGGGGACGGCAGGGGCGGGAAUCAGGUGGUGGUCAAGACGAUGACGCCGGCAAUGACUUAGAGGGGAACCUUGCGCCGACGCCUAGCUCCUCUUUCUCCCAGCACUAUGGAGAGCAACAUGAGCAUUGCGUGGAGGAGGAUGCGGAGUUGCCGUCGACCCUACAGCUUCUUCCGAUCCACUUAGAAUGCGAUCGAGCAGCGCUUGUGAUGGGCAACGAGAACACCAAAGGUAUCCUGAUUGUGAAAGCAAACUCGUUGUCGGGGGAAAUAGAUGCUUCGGACACCGACUCCCCUGACCCCUACCGUCAAUACUUCCGAUUUAAGUUCAAGCAUCCGGUGAUUGAAAUGAAAGAGAAUAUGGAUUUCAAGGAAGAGCAACCCGACCGGGCCCUUCGAGACAAACAGGCCGCUCAAGGAUCGUUGUCCCGCCCUAAGCGGUCGUUUCUCUACUGGCAGCGGCGGAGGUUACGGGAAGGGCUCCGGGGCCUGGUUCCGUUCCUGAACCGGUCGGUCGAGUCUCUUUCCCCGUCCAGCAGGGAGAUCGGGACCGCUGCCAGCCAAGUCCCCGGGUCGGGACGUUGGCAGGGAUUGUCUCGGUAUCUGUCUGAUGACGCCGAAGACCAGAAGUCACGAUGGGCGUCGUGCGAGUAUGCUGCAGUGCCAACCCUCCUGGACAGUCCUGAAGCGUCAUUGACCAUAUUCUGGGACGUGGCUGGCAAGGUCAGGCCCAGGCCGGCGCCACUGCCGGAGAAAGCGCCCGGACAGGCAGCCAACAUCAACGGCGCCGAGCCCCCUGCAUGGGCCAUCCAUCUGUCUAUUAACGGUGGCUCCAUCAACUACGGGCCGUGGGCCGACAGACACCGAGCGGACCUGCAGCGCAUCUUCGUCCCGAGCCUCUGUAAGGAUGCGGUUCCUGCCCGUCAGCUCCCCCCGGGCGCCUAUCGAGUCCCUACUCAGUUCAGGAUCUACGUGGAACUCACCGACACUGCUACCAUGCGCAUUCCAUUGAGAGAGGCAUCUAAGAACUGGCGGUGGCAAGGCAAAGAGCACAACCCGAAGAAGCCGCACAGCCAUGGCACACGCAGGGCUCGUCGAUCUAAGAAAUCAGACCAGCUCGGCGACUUGCACCAGCGGCCCUAUGGGUGGCUCGACUUCAGGAUCCCCGCCAAUGCCACCAUGUCCUAUUCGAUGGACAUGGUCGCGGGCCUGGCCGGGUACGCCAACACGCUCAACCUGGACUUGCCCAGCACCGAACUCUCCACAAGUAUCAACCAUGAGCUGCUCUGGAGGUCUGGGCGGCAGAGGAUAUCCUGCGAUCUCUCUACGCCGUUGUGCUGGAAUGCUCUUCGCCAAUGGCAUUUCAAUGUGACCGCCGAUGAUCUGGAGCUCUACAUCCUGCGAGAACAUGUCUUUCUUCUGAUCGAUCUGGUUGACGAUUGGACAAGUGGGCCACCAGUCGAAUACUUGGUUUUCACCCCCUUCAAGUACCAUCUCAACCUCCAUCUCCGAAACAUCCGGCUGUUGUUGAAUCUCAACGAUGCGAACAUUGUCAACAAUCCAACCGACUUCGAAGAUAACACGUAUCUGAUCAUCUCUAGCCCUCUUCUCAAGAUUGGGACAUGUAUCCCCAUCGAUACGUUUAAACCCAGCAAAAACGCCAUUCCCUUCGAUAUCCGCGCAGACACGGCGGCCAUCGAUCUUCAUGUGCCUCCCUGGAACACUCAGGCGCCGUUUCUCGCCUCCAAAGAGGUUGGGCGUCUAGAGAGCUUGGUUGUUGAUGGCACGUAUCACUACAAUGCGACUACUUCGCCGGCAAACACCGAUACCUUGGUUCUCAACAUCAGCGGACAGUCGCCGACUGCGCAUCUGCAUGGGUUCACCAUCCGGUAUUUCCUCAAGGUCAAGGACAACUAUUUCGGCGAGGACAUCCACUUCAAGACGCUCGAGGAAUACCAGGACAUGUUGCGCUUGACAGAGAGCGAUCGGAGUGUCGGUGCUGCCAGCAAGCCACCGCCUAAGAAAUCGAAUGACUUGGAUGUCAUACUCAGCGUCAGGGCCGACGAUCCGAAGGUCUUGCUCCCGGCCAAUCUGUAUUCCGCUCAGCGCCACAUACAGAUCGACGCCGCGUGUUUGUGCCUCGAUCUGCGCUUCACCAACUACUACAUGGACAUGGACUUGGUCGUAGCCCCGCUCAACCUUUCCUUGGGCAACAGCGAGUCUGGAGCGGAAACGCCGAUCAGCGCCACGUCGAGCACGCAGAUGUUCAUAGACGGCCUGGAUAUCUACGGCCAUCGCCUCUUCGGCCUCCCUCCCACGGAACCGACGUACAUGUGUAACUGGGACAUCUCGGUGGGGGCUGUUACUGGCGAGUGCACCGCCGAGUUCCUGACCACCCUCGCCAGCGCAGGAAAGGCCUUCGCGUUCACAUUCGACGAUGAUGAAAACGCGCUGAUCCCCUUCUCCUCCAUCGUGGUGUACGACGUCACCUUCCUUCGGGUCUUUGUGCGUUCGGUUCGUCUUUGGCUGCAUGUGGACGAUGCCGCAUUCCUCUUUUCGACGGGCGCAGUUGAUGUCAACUACAACGACUGGGCCCGGUCACACUAUUCUCGCAGAGCCGACAUCAACAUCCCGCACGUCAAACUCUCGUGCCUUAACGCGGAGUCGGCCGCGAGACACAAGGCCCGAUCCCAAUCCCAGCAAAUGGUUGUCGAGGCGGACGCGCUGGUAGAGACGUGCGUGCGAGUUGCGAUCAUUGGCCGAAAAGCCAACUUCUCGAAGGAGAGAAAGCUUCAGCAAGAAUUGGUUCGUAAGCACGACCAGCGAACCCGUAGGACACCGUUUCUCGUUAUCCCAGGCCUGCUAGGAGAGGGCUAUGAACCUGUUGCCGUGGACCCUCCCGCACAAAGUGUCCCGGCGAUUCCCGUGCCGGCCCGCCCAGAAGAUGGCGAGGAGGAUGGGUUGUCGUUCCACUCGAAGCCGAGUUCAAAUCGCUCGCAGGGCCGCCUGCGUCACAAAUCUUCGUUUCUAUCGCUCGUCAGUUCGGCACCGAGCAGUGUGCUCAAGCCUUUUGGCACGAGACGGUCAAGCGGGAGGGCGAGAGCCACGGAACGUCUGGAUACUCAGCCCCCUGUGCGCACCCAGUGUGAAGCCAAGGGAAACUUGGCCAUACCAGUGCCGGAACUUUCUCCAUCCACCCGGCAUUCCGCUACCUUCUACAGCAUGCAGGGAGACUCGGCUGAGCAGCAAGACGUUGUCCACAACACGGUUGCUUUCUCAAGCCAGUACUUUCCACCUUACUUUCCUCUCGAGGCUACUACACCUGGUCACGCGGAAGCAUUGAUGCAAAGCAUCGAAGUGGACGAGGACUACACGGGCUUGGACCCAGUAGCCUUUGAGCUGGAGGAUGUCGACUCGAAUCUCCUGAGCGAGGACUAUGCCUACUCGAGCGUUCUGCUUGAGUUUCCGUCCGGCCUGAGAGCGUUUUGCAACCCUACUGCGUUACGAUAUGUUGCAAGCUUGCUCUCUGCUCUGCAGAGCACCGAACCUGACGAUAUUUUGGACUCACUCCAGAUAAGCGCCAUGAAGGAGAUCUUCGCCAAGCAGAGGGACCAGAAGAUGAACGGAUGUGUCGACGACCUGCUAAUCAAAAUGCCGCAUGCCUCUUUGCGUCUCCUCAACGUUCCCGAUGCAGAUUCCCUGGGCCAGCCAGCCGACGAGCAGGAUCAGUUUGAUGUUACAUUCACCAAGUUCUCCUUCUCAUCCCGGUCUCGAGCCACAUGGCAGGAUCCCUUAAAGCCGCAGUCGAAAGAAGGCCGCAAUUCGUUCCACUUACGGCUCGAUUCCAUGCAAAUCUCAGCAGCUGAGAGACUCCGCAGCAUGGACAGCGCACCGGCAGCUGCACUUGUUCGAAUUGACUCUGUACUGGCAUCGAUGGGAACCAAGGAUAUCAUGUACUUCGAUGUUGAAGUCGGCAGCAUCCAUGGCAGCACGUCCUCUGGGAAGAUAGAUUACCUGGCGCCCUUGGCUCGUCGUGCAGGCACCCUGGGAUCCGACCUUGGGAGGCUCUUCUCCGAAGUCUCGUCGCGAGAAAAGGCGACGGUCCAAAACCUAGUGCAUCGCCUCGUCGUCACUGGCCAGGAAACUCCGGAUCCGACUUUCCUAAUAAGGCCUUCUGCCGUCCUCCGUUCUGCUCGCCAACAUCUGCGAACCUUCGACUCGUGGAAGCUCCUCAUGCGUCUCCGUCAGAUCUGGAGAUCCAUCGCGCCAAGCAAAGGAGAACAGAUCAGGCUCGAUUGUCUCGGUCCUUCAUCGGCCCCAGCGGCCAGCCUGAGACGUGAAAUAAUCACGGCAUUCGAGAACUGGAGGAGCUGGGACCUGGAGAAUGUCGAGGAGAGCAUGCUCCUAAACGCACUGUUUGGGUCAUCACCCAAUCGUUCGAUGACGGACUCUCCGGACAAACCGACCCUCGCCGUUGUCAGGAUCAGGCAGCUCCAGCUUGCACUUAACCCAGGACCAAAGCAAAACGAGCUCACCGUGGUAGAGUUGACUACAAGACUCGAGCACAAGCCAACAAUGGGAAGCAAGUAUAGAGACAACCUCAACACGGGGGUGGCCGGUCCAUCAACCGUCCUGAGCGUCUCUUGUGAGGAUGCUGUUGUCGGGCUGAACUGGGAACUGUGCGAGCUAGCAGACAGUGUGUUGAAGCUAGCCAGGAGCAUGCAAUCCCAAGCUCCUGCUGAGCCAGAGAAAAAAGAUGCCGCAGUGUCGACCGCGGCAAAACAAGCCUCGGCGGGAACGAUGCACUGUGUUUUGUCUCUAGGACAUGGGUCGUUGACCAUGGAGGCCGUCAACCUCUACUCCAGCUCCUUCAGUCACGGAGUUCAUGCGUCCGUACUGGUCAGGAGGGGGCCGGACAACAUAUCAGACACGAGCCUGAUUCUCAGCUGCGACUCACUCACGUCGAGUCUCCGCAGCCAUCACCAGAGACUGGCAAAGAUGGUCCUGGAGGAAGCGAGUGUCUUUGUCUCACACGAGUUGCGAGCAAGCCGGACGACAGACUCCCACACGGUGAAGACGGCGGCCAGUAACCGGUAUAUGAGCCUGACUGUCAAGCAGGACCCCAUCACGUUGGCCGAGGUCCUCGACCUCCUGGUCCGGGACGAGUUUGCCCAACUGUACAGGCUGAAAGCCCAACUUGGCGCGUCAUCUCGGCCUGCCUCCCCGCGGCCCAGAAGGAUCACGGAUCGCUUGUCUGCAUUCCGAGUCAACGUGGCGCUGUUCAUGGACCGGUAUACCAUCAGCCUGCCGCUGUUGCGCUCUCUCACGUAUACCAUCCACGGAACUGUCUCCAGGGCCGCAAUGGCCGCGAACUUUGGCCGGGAGAUCAUCUUCGAUUUCGACAUCAAGGAGAACUCUCACGAUGUGCAGGUCAUUGUCAACAACGCUGCCCGGAGUAUUUCGCUCCUUCAAAUUCCGCCGACCAACGGACGGAUUAGGAGCCACAUGGAAUCAGGGGAGCACUCGAUCAGUGUUUUCGCAUCCGUCGAGCUGGUGCAGCUGGACGCCUCGGCCGUGUACAGCCUGCUGUCGGCCCUGAACCGGCCCGAGACGUCCAGUGUCGUCAGCGAGCUGCAGCAGCAGGCCAAGGUCAUACAGGAGCACAUAGCUGAGGUUACUGGGGGAGCACCAGAACCGGCUGCGGCGGCGACCGAGACAGGGUCCAAGUCCCCAGCCCCGGCCCUGGCGUACGCCGCCAACCUAACCUUUGCUGGGCUGGAGGUGUUUGGAAACAGUCCCCUGAAAUCCGCGAGCGGGCAGUCGGCGCACAUCUCAUUCGCCCUCGGCAGCAUUCAUCUGGGCCUCUCCAACAAGGUGGAUCCGGACGGCCCGUUGCUGACGUACCCGGAAGUCAGCGUCAACCUGCGCCGCAUCGCCUUCGAGAUCCAGAGAGGAAGCGCUGAAGCCAUGAAAUCUUGCGGCAACAUUGCACUUGGAGCCCUCAUUUCAGCCUCGUCGCGAGCUGGGGAGGACGGCAAGGACAGGAGGUUCUUCCACGUCAAGAGCGACGCAUCCGAGGUGAACCUGUCUCCCGACACCAUCUCCACCGUCGUCGAUGUCCUGGGCUACAUGGGCGAUAAGAUCAAGGACCUGGACACUUCCCGAGAGCUCGAGUAUCUGCGCAGGCUCAGACAGUCUAGGCCGCGCAUUGCCCUCAACGACGCAGAGACGGACGAGGAAACCGACAUCAUCGACGCCUUCCUCUCUUCCAUCACGUACAGCUUCGAGGUCUGCAAUAUCCAGAUGGCCUGGAUGGUCAACAGGGCAGACGAGAAGCCGACUGCCGGCAAGGAUGACCUUGUCCUCUGCCUUCGGAAGAUCGAGCUCGGCACGCGGACGAGGAACUCGGCACGGCUAGCCAUCGAAGCUCUGCAGCUCCAGAUGGUCAGCCCAUCGCAGGACAGGAUUGCGCGGACGGCCAACUCGGCAUUGCUGCCCGAGGUCAUCUUUAACGUCGCCUACGUGUCCACGGCCGAUGCUCGCCACCUCGCUUUCCAGGCUAUCGGCAAGCCGCUGGACGUGCGGCUGGCGUCGGGCUUCAUAAUCCCGGCGGCCCACCUGAACGACUCCAUCACGCUGUCGUUGAAAAACAUACAACAAGCCUCCCAGAACUGGAACCCUGCCGUCCGCAGGCCACAGCCGGCGAGCGCAAAGCCGCCACCAGCGGACGUGCCGCGGAAGAGCAUCCUCGGGGGCAAGCGGCUGGAAUCCCUGUUGGUUGAUGCCGACUUUGCCGGAGCUGUCGUGCACCUGACGGGCCAAAAGGCGCCGGAGGACCUGGUCUCGGCGACGACAUCGGCCCGGCCGAAACAAGGGCAGCUGGGUCCCGACGAGACUAUGGCCCGCACAACGCUGAAGUCGCCGGGCCUGGCCUUGAAGUUGGAGUUCCGGGACAACGGCAAAGACGACCCGUCGCUCCAUGCCGAGGUCAAGAUCGAUGCUUCCAGCAACAUCCUCUAUCCGUCUGUGGUGCCGUUGGUCAUGGACAUCAGCAACAGCAUCACCAAGGUAGUGAGCGGCCGUGGCGACGGCACGAAGGACAUGCCACAUGUGCCGGGGCGGGAGGCUGCUGCCGCCAAGGUCAAGCUUCCCGAGGAGGACAGCUUCCUGACUGCCGACCCCUCGGCCGUUCUGGGCCGGACAAAGCUCAAUAUAGGCUUGCGCAUCUGCAAGCAAGAGUUCUCGCUGAGCUGCCAGCCGAUUGCCCGGGUGGCGGCCACUGCCAGCUUCGAUGAUGUCUACUUCACCGCCAACACGGUCCGGUCGACGGACCAGGGCAACUUCUUUGCCAUCUCGGGAGCCUUCACCAAUCUGCAGGCCUCGGUGCAACACGUCUACUCGAGGGAGUCCACCGGCAGCUUCAGGGUGCAGUCCAUGGUGCUCUCUUUCCUGAACAGUAAGCAUGUCAGCGGCAGCAGCGGCGUGUCGGCCAUCCUAAAGGUCAGCCCCAUGGAGGUGUCGGUCAACGCCAAGCAGCUCCAGGAUUUUAUGCUCUUCCGGGAGAUUUGGCUUCCCGGCAAGGUUGCAGACGCCGCUUCUGCAGGCCCCGGCCCCGUGGCGAAGCUCGUCACCGAGACAUCCCAGGGCCAUCUUGUGCAGCGCUACCAGCAGGUAGCCGCGACCGCCGCCUUCCCCUGGACUGCCAGCAUCUCCAUCUCGGCGCUCAAGAUUGUCGUGGACCUGGGCCAGGCCUUGGGCAGGUCGACGUUUUCCAUCAACGACUUCUGGAUCUCGUCCAAGAAGACGUCGGACUGGGAGCAGAAUCUGUGCCUGGGGUUCAGCAUGAUCGGCAUUGAGAGCAGCGGCAGAAUGAGUGGCUUCGUCGCCCUCGAGAACUUCCGGCUACGCACAUCCAUAGAGUGGCCCGAGAGGGAGCAAGCACUCAACGAGACGCCGCUAGUCCAGGCGUCGGUAGGUUUCAGCCAGUUCAGGGUCAAGGCCGCCUUUGACUAUCAGGCCUUCCUCGUGGCGGAUAUCACUUCAUUGGGAUUCCUCAUGUACAAUGUCCGUCGCAGCCGGGACGGUAGUGGAGACCGGCUAGUGGCCGUCUUGGACGGUGAGGCGGUCCAGGUGUUUGGCACGACAACGUCGGCCGCGCAAGGCGUCGCGCUGUACCAAGCCUUUCAGCGGCUGGUGCAGGAGCGCAAGGCCAACUUUGAGACAUCGCUCAAGGAGAUUGAAAAGUACAUGAAGCGGAAGUCUUUCGCGGCCCCCGCCAGCGUGAUGCAGCGGCUCAGCAUCCCCAAGUCGGGGCCCUCGGGCGAUGAUGUGCUCCUCAAGUCGCCCAUCUCGCUCGACACGGACGUCGUGGUCACUCUCAAAGCCGUCAACCUGGGCGUCUUUCCCGGCAGCUUCUCCGAUCACCAGGUGUUCAAGAUUGAAGCGCUGAACGCGCAAGCCCGCUUCGCCGCCUCGGUCCAAGACGACGGUCGUGUCCAGAGCAUUCUGGGCCUCACGCUCGGCCAGCUGCGCAUAGGUCUCGCGGGCGUGCGGACGCCGAGCGGCCCGCCCAAGACGCUAAGCGAGCUCUCGGUUGAAGACGUGGUGCAGAGCGCGACGGGCUCCCGCGGGGGAACCAUCCUCAAGGUGCCCAAGGUCGAGGCCGUCAUGCAGACGUGGCAGCGGUCCGAGUCGAAGCGCAUCGACUACAUCUUCAAGAGCGCCUUCGAGGGCAAGGUCGAGGUCGGAUGGAACUACAGCCGCAUCAGCUACAUCCGCGGCAUGUGGGCCAACCACUCCAAGACACUCGCCCAGACCUGGGGCCGGGAGCUGCCAAACGUGACAGCCAUCCGACUGACGGGAGUUCUGCCCGAGACGGCCACAACAACAGCAGCAGCAGCAGCAGCAGAUACAAAGCCGGAACAGACACAGGCUGAAGAAGUACAGAAGCAGACGAACAAGAUCACGGCCGAGGUCAACGUGCCUCAGUCCAAAUACGAAUAUGUCGCGCUCGAGCCGCCUGUCAUCGAGACGCCGCAGCUGCGCGACAUGGGGGAGGCCACGCCGCCGCUCGAGUGGAUCGGCCUGAACCGGGAUCGGCUGCCCAACCUGACGCAUCAGAUCGUCAUUGUGACGCUGCUGGAGCUGGCGGGCGAAGUGGAGGAUGCCUAUGAGAGAAUCUUGGGGAGUACCUAGAUGACCUUUCUCUCCCCACCUCAUUCUUUUUUUCCUGUCCAUUUCUUCUCUCUCUCGUUUAUUCGACUUCUCUUGUGUUAUGGUGUUAGACUGGAAGUGGGACAGGUUGGUUCUGGGAUAAUAUGGGAUGGGAAUAAACAUUGGGGGUCUGUACUAGGAUAUUGUGAUAUCAAUGUUUAUUAAUAUGCUCCCCGUUUUAGUAGAUCUUGUAGUGCUUGUCUGUUCAAGCAUGGCCAUGCGUUUGUAACACGCAAACCAAAUUGACGGUAUAUUCGCUGCCG